AUGUACAAAUUGACUCCUACAAAGGGAAUGUCGAAAGGUCAUGAGGCUACGGGCGGGUACCAUCUAAUCAACAUCCACCCCAACCCUUUACAGACGAAGAUCGAUAGUAUGACGGCGGAUCCUGUCUGGUGGUUGUGUUUGCAACAGGAUCCGCCUUCACCCCAUCGACCUGAUCUCAAGUCAAAUUCUGGUCAUUUUCCCGACGGGAAAGGUUCAGUUGUCCAGGAUCUGUGA